AUAGACUACUGGGAAGACGCAAAACCGUUUGCUGUGGAGAACGUUCACGUUGGAGCCAAUCACAGCGAAGUAGUGCUUUAUGGUUUAAAACCGAUCACGAACUAUACGGCGCAUAUUCGAACUGCUAAUCGUCGUUAUCUCAGUGAAUCACCGGCAGUAAUCAAAUUUACUACUCCGGAAGGAAGUAAUCGUCCUCAGUUGUGA